AUGGGUCAAACACUUUCAGAACCAGCUAAAGAAAAACUCACAUUUUCCGAUCAUGACGACCGCAUACUGUAUGCUUCAUCUUCCAUGCAAGGCUGGCGUAUUAGUAUGGAAGACGCUCAUACUACUCAAUUAAAGCUUCUUGAUAAAAAAGAAUAUAGUUACUUUGGCGUGUUCGACGGCCACAGUGGACAAAAAGUAGCAAAAUACAGUGAAGAAAAUCUUCAUGUUCGUAUCGCAAAUGAUUCUAAGUUUGAGACAGAUAUUAUAAGUGCAAUAAAGAAUGGUUUUUUGGGAACAGACGACGAUAUGAAAAAUAAUCCCAGUUUACAAAAUGAUCCUUCAGGAUGUACCGCAGUUAUAGCUAUUGUAACACCAGAUAGUGAAAUAUACGUCGGAAAUGCAGGAGAUUCUCGUGCUGUUCUCAGCGAGGAUGGUGUGGCAAUCCCAAUGUCAGAUGAUCAUAAGCCCAGUAAUCCAGACGAAUCUGAUCGAAUUACGGAAGCUGGUGGAUAUAUAGAAUUUGGGAGAGUUAAUGGAAACUUGUCAUUGUCACGUGCUCUUGGUGACUUCGAAUUUAAGCAAAAUACAAAAUUAGGCGCAGAAAAACAAAUUGUAACAGCAUAUCCUGAUGUUAAAAAACACGGGAUUAAAAUUGAAUCUACAGAGUUUUUAGUCUUAGCCUGUGAUGGUAUAUGGGACUGCCUUAAAUCGCAAGAUGUGGUUAGCUUUAUUCGCAAAAACAUUGCUGAACAUAACGAUCUCAAGAGAGCUUGUGAAGAUUUAAUGGAACGGUGUUUAUCUGAAACUGGUGAUGGCAGCAUCGGCACUGAUAACAUGACUAUAAUCAUUAUUGGAUUCCUCUAUAACAAAACUGAAACAGAAUGGUAUAAAUGGAUGACAAGCAGAUAUGGUGAAAUAGAGAUUUGA